GUUCCUCUUAUAACCCCUCUCGUCUCAUGUCUACCUCCUCCUCUUCUUCCAACAACGGAGACUCCGACGCCGGUGGAAGCGGCGGCGUUUUCGAGGCCCCUUCUCCUUCCCGCCCUCGCCGUGGCGCCAACGACGUCUGGCCGGAGCCUUUUCUUGAAUCUCUCGCCGUUCAGGUCGCCGUUAAUGCUUCCUCAUCCUCCGGCCUCCUCGCCGCAGCUCCGGCUCUUGCCAACGUUUUUCGGGUUUGCACCACGUGGCAAGCUGUCUCUCGCUCCGACCAUCUAUGGCAACUCCUCUCUCGCCAAGUGUGGGCAAGAACCCAUUUGAUGCACGACACGUGGCGGGAUGAGUUUAUCUACCGUCAUCGGACGGCCAGAAACUUCCGGACGCGUACUCACACCUACUUCACUCUCCAAUUUGACCCGUCUGAUGUGGACGAGCCUGAUAGUCUCUCAUGCCGUUGUCUCACUCUCUCCGACCUCUACUUAGCCGCAGGGUUCGCCGACGGAACCGUCCGGCUCUUUCUUCUAAAUAACCGUCUCCACGUCAGGACUCUACGGCCACCUCUACGUGACCGCUUUGGCCGAUUCUCACGAGCCGUCUCGGGCAUUGUUAUAUCCGACUCAAGACUCACGUUUGCUACGAUGGACGGAGACAUCCACGUGGCGGAAAUAGACGGCGUUGGUCAUACACGCACGGCUUACGCCGGAGACAUAGUUAACGACGGUGCAUUGGUAGAUUUCACUGGCUGUGGACGUUGGUGGGUCGGUCUUUUCGCUGGUGUACCAGGUCGUGCCUUUCACAUAUGGGACUGUAACAGCGAAGAGACAACAUUCGUCGGUGGUUCACUCACUGAUCCAGAAGCCGUCAUGGGAUGGCACACGUUAACAGAGCUAACAACGUCACUUGGCCGUCUAAGAAUUUCCGGUAACGAGACGGCCGUAGCAUGCACGAGGUGGAGGAUCAUGGUGAUCGAUCUAAGAAACCAAGGAGUGAUCAUCGGAGAAGACGAAGAGCAACGUAGAGGACUAAUAGUAACAGGUUUCGACGCCAACGAAGAAGCGUACGUUAGAAUGGACAGUAGAGGUAACGCUAGCGUGCGCAGGGUGAACACACUGCAAACGGUGUGUGAGUUCCGUGUUAGUGGAGCGGCGCAGAGGAGAGUCAUGGGUUGUGUUAAUAGACUGAACGCGCUAAUGUGCGCAGGUGGUAUAAUGCGCGUGUGGGAGGUAGAGAGAGGAGAGUAUCUGUACAGUGUUAGGGAGAGAGUAGGAGAAGUUGACGCCAUUGUUGCCGAUGAUAGACAUGUGGCGGUUGCUUCGUCUUCAUCAACGGCUCAGAGUAUUAUACAUCUAUGGGAUUUCGGUGCACUGUAGCGUACAAGAUUAGUAAUAUAUUUAACUUGAAGAA